CUUGGUCAAAACUAAUGACCAACUAAUUUUUUCGGCGUUUGGAGCAACCUAAUUAUAAAUCGACAAGCUUUCAAAGAAUUCUGUCUGAUUCUGGUUGAGUUAGAAGAAAAAAAUGGUUAGGAGUGACAGCAAGUCUCGUGAUGAGAAAGAUAAACCUGACAAAAAAAAGGAUGUAAAAGAAUCAAAAGAAAAUAGAACUCGGGAUAGAAAAAGAAGAGGUGGAUCUACAAGUAGCGAUUCUAGAAGCAGCUCAUCUUCCUCACGUUCUAGAAGUGGUACUCGAUCGUCAUCAUCUGGUAGUUCCAGCUCAGGAAGUUCUAGUUCUGGUAGUUCUUCUCGCUCUGGAAGCUCAAGUUCAAGUAGAUCUUCUAGUAGUGAUAGUAGCCGCAGUCGUGGCAGGGACAGAAAACAAAGGACAGAAACUCCCAAACGGAAGAAAAGGAGUCCUACUCCCAAACCAACCAAAGUUCAUGUCGGACAUCUCACUCGAAAUGUCACCAAAGAUCAUAUUCAAGAGAUUUUUUCACUAUAUGGAACUAUAAAGAAUAUUGACAUGCCAAUGGAUCGAAUACAUGCACACUUUAAUAGAAGUGCUGCAUACAUUGAAUAUGAAACUUCAGAAGAAGCAGCUAAAGCAAUCAAAUUUAUGGAUGGAGGACAAAUUGACGGCCAAGAAGUCACUGCUGCUGCUGUUCAUGUUCAACGCAACCCUGCCAGACCUCCCAUGCGACGCAGUCCUCCAAGAAGGGGUGGUCCUCCUCCAAGGUGGAGGGCAUCACCGCCAAGAUUCAACAGAGACAGAAGAAGGUCUCCUCCACGACGGAGUCCACCCCGGAGACGCUCAAGAUCACCUGUAGGCAGACGGAGACACAGUAGAUCCAGCUCCAGUUCAUCAAGAUAGACACUGAAUAUAUCAUUCAUGGAAAUUUUAAAAUAUCAAUUGUAAAAGUUGUUCAUUACAUUAUUUGUUCCGUUCAUUUUAACAGCUGAUUAAACUUGGUGAAUAGUAAUUUUGUAGUCAUUAUUAAAGUUGUUAAUUUUUUUAAUCAAA